AUGCCACGAACGAAUCUCGAGGUCCUCGGCCCGUCCGUGUCGUACGGCGCGCGGGCGCCGUUACCGUUUGACCUCCUCCAUCAAGCUUUUGAAGCUCGUGCCAGUUCUCACCCGCAUCUGAAAGCGAUUGAACAUGACAACGCUUGGCUGUCGUAUGGCGACCUGAAUUCCCAAUCCGACACGUUGGCUUGCCACUUGACGACGCUCGGCAUCGGUCGUGGCUCACGCGUGGCUGUCAUCUUAGAUCGCUGCCUCGAAUUCCCCAUUGCUCUCUUGGCGUCACUCAAAGCUGGCGCAGCCUUCAUGCCGGUCGACGCAACGUUUCCCAUAGGACGCGUGGCUUUCAUGCUCUCCGAUUCCAAAGCGUGUGCGAUCAUCACCACGGAAAAAUUUCGCGGACAAAUACAGGCGCUCGAUUUGGCAUCGAUUCCAGUCGUAUACAUCAAGUCGGACGAUCUUGCUGCUUCGCCUGCCGUGCCGAUAGCCAAGGCCAAGGCCAGCCGCAACGACGAAGCGUACGUUGUAUACACGUCUGGCUCGACGGGCAAGCCAAAAGGCGUGCCGAUUUUGCAUGUCGGUGCGGUGAACGUGACAUCAUUUCAUGCACCGCAUGUUGGUAUUGUCCAAGGCACUCGCGUGAUGCAAUUCAUGGCGAUUGGGUUCGACGUGUGCCAAUGGGAAAUCUGGACCACGUUGUCCGUAGGUGCGACACUGGUGUUUCGAACAGACGACAUGCUCAAGGUAAUGCCGACUGUGGAUAUCGUGAUGUGUACGGCGACUGCUCUGUCGCUGAUGGGGGAACCGAGCAAAUUUCCCAACCUGAAGUCGGUGCUGGUGGGAGGUGAAGCCCUUCAUGCAGCACUGCGUGAUUUAUGGAGCCCCGCCGUUCGCCUGUUCAAUUGUUAUGGCCCCACGGAAUGCGCCAUCACGACUCACUUUGGAGAACUUACCUUGGGCGUCCCCAUCACGAUCGGCAAGCCACUACAGAACGUGAGUGCAUACGUCCUGGAUGAACAGCAACGACCGGUUCCGAUCGGUCACGUGGGUGAAUUGUACUUGGGUGGUCACGGGGUGUCUCCUGGGUAUAUCAACCUGCCCGACCAAACCUCCCAACGCUUUCUGCCGGAUCCGUUUGUGCAAAGCUCGUCGUGUCGCACGAUGUUCCGGACGGGAGACUUUUGUCGACAGCUCGUGGACGGCUCUUUUGAGAUUCUAGGUCGCGAGGACAGCCAAGUUAAGGUCAAGGGCUACCGCAUUGAGUUGGACGAAGUGGCACAAGCCAUGAUCGAGCACCCCAAAGUUGUUGCUGCUGCUGCCAUCGUCAAGGACAAGACACACUUAGUUGGGUUCUUCACGCCGUCGGAUGUAAACCCGGAGACAUUGCACGAAGUUGUUGCUGCUCAGCUGCCCAUGUACAUGGUGCCAGCGAUAUGGGUCGGCCUUGACAUGAUGCCCCAAAACGCCAACGGCAAAACGGACAAAAAAGCACUGGAAUCCAUGGAAGUCGUGGCGGCCGUCGACCCACUCGAGACGGAAAACGAACGACGACUGGCAUCGCUUUGGGCACAAGUGUUGGGCGUGAAACUGCACGACAUUGGCCGAAACACGUCGUUUUUCUCCCUGGGGGGCGAUUCCGUGUCCGCCAUUCGUCUGGUGUCCAAGGGUAAAGAGGUUGGCCUUGUCCUUUCCACGUCCGCCGUCUUGAAAAACCCUCGCCUGUCCAAGAUGGCUGCGUCCGUACAAGUACAAGUCAGCCACACGUUGACCAAGUCCGAGAGCGAAACAGUGUUUGGAAAUGUCUUGUUGACCCCAGUCCAGCACUUGAAUUUCAACCAUGUGUGGAAGAACGUGCAUUUUUGGAACCAAUCGACAGUCCUAAGGCCCAGCCGAACGUUGCAUCCUUCCGAACUUGUUCCGGCGGUCGCGCGUUUGGUCGAGCACCAUGACAUGCUCCGCGCUCGGUUUGCUGUGGACUCGAACAAAACGUGGUCGCAGCACAUAUCCGACCCGUCACAAAACGUGAAUGUCGAGUUCGUUCCUGUCGACUCGAUGGCAUGCCUGAACGAUGCCAUUUCGGCCAAGGAGAGGUCCUUGCACUUGAUCCAAGGCCCCGUUUACGCCGUCACUGUGUUUGUGCUGCCCAACCAAAACCAAUACGUCCACUUUGCCAUCCACCACACUGUUGUGGAUCUCGUGUCGUAUCGAAUAAUUCUUGACGACUUGGAGAUGCUGUUGGCCAAACAGUCCCUCGGUCGUAAAACGAUGUCUUUUCAAGAGUGGUCGAGACGAAUGACAGCUCAAGCUCCGCUUUGGGAUCCAAGUGUGUGGGCCGCCUAUAUGGCCGACGACAUUUCGCCCCCAGCAACCCUUGGGACAAAAAUUCAAGCGCAAGGCGUGCUGAGCGACGAAGUAACAUCGAAACUGGAUGCUGCCAAUGCAAUCUACGGCACCAAUAUCCAAGAAUUGGCCCUCGCUGCACUCACUACCGCAUACGCCGAACUCCUCCAUACUGGGGAAGGUUACAAGCUGCUGCUUAUGAUGGAAGGACAUGGCCGAGAGCCGUGGGAUCCCGAGAUCGAUGUGUCCAGUACCGUCGGGUGGUUCACAAGUCUGUAUCCGGUUGUGUUCUCGGCUACAAAAGACCUCGGACACCUCAUUCGGCAAGUGAAGAACAAACUUCGCGGUGUGCCGCACGGCGGUCUAUCGUACGGCGCGAUCAAGUAUUUGGCCCCAACUUCUGCCUCCACGGAAUCCAUCAAGUCCCACAAGAACCACAACCUAGCGUUCAACUACGCUGGUCGUUUCCAAGAGCUGAACGCAUCAAGUGGACUGUUUGAGUGCAUUCAAAGUGUAUCGGAUGUCGUGGGCGAUGACGAGAUGGAUUACAUUCCGGGAAACAUUUACUUGCACCACGAACGGUCACAGUUGGUGUUGGACGUGUCUGUCCAAGAGUGGCAGCUCUCCCACGACCAAACAAUCGAAUGGGUCGUCCUGUGGUGCAAGUGGAUGAACGUCAUCGUGAGUCACUGCUUGGAUCCGCAAACGUUUGGCGGGCACACGUUGUCCGACGUCCCAUUGCUCGGCACGACCGAUGUCGUGGAAGCCGUGGAAACGGAACUCUAUGCCACAUUGGGUUUGCGUCCUACGGAUGUCGAAGACAUGUAUCCCGUGACGCCGUUGCAGUCGGGAAUGCUCUUCGCGACGCUCCAAGAUCCUUCCGAAUAUGUUCUCCAGUCAACAUUUGACGUCCGAGGAGACCUCGACAUCGCGACGCUAGAAUCGUGCUGGCAUCAACUUGCUGACCACGAAGCUCUACUCCGGACAGUAUUUGCGUCAACUCCUUGUGGGCUGUUCCAAGCUGUGACGAAAAUCGACUAUUCCGCGUGGACCUUGUUGGACGAUGUUUGGGCACUCGACGAAUUAGACGCAUUGACGCACGCCUUUUGGCUGGCCGAUCGAGCGCGGGGGUUUUCGUUAGCAAGCAAAUCUUUCCACCGCUUCACAGUUGUGCAAGUGUCAGAUUCAAGGUAUCGAGUAAUGUGGACUACACAUCAUUCAGUGAUGGACGGAUGGUCGGGAACGCUUCUCGUCGAUUCAUUACGGAGGAUAUGUGCUGGGCAAACGUUGAAACACCCGACUACAUCGUUCAAGGACUACCUGAACUGGCUGGCCAUGCAAGAUGAACAUCCUGCGGAGACGUUUUGGCGGACGAAGUUGAAACAUUUGGACAGCACAACUCGACUUUCCCUGCCGAAACCACUCCACACUCGACUUGUCGGCGAGCCGUACUCGAUGGCAAACUACUCCCUCUUGCUACCGCACAUCCACCGCGUCUGCUCGAAACUGCAAGUCACCCCCAGUUCAGUCUUUCAAGCGGCGUGGGCAAUUGCCAUACAACAGUUUACGCGACACGACUACGUUGUGUUUGGCAAUGUCGUGUCCGGACGUGACAUUGACAUGCCUGGCAUUGAAACGCUCGUUGGCGUUACGAUCAACACAAUUCCGGUCUUGGUGCACGCUGCACCGACUAUGACGACGGACGACCUUGUGCGCAGCGUCCACUUGUCCGCACUGGAAUCAGCACAGUUUUCUCACUCCAGCUUGACCGAAAUCAAGCGAUGGACUGCACAUGAAGGCAAGUUUUUCGACACACUAUUUAUGUUUGGCAACUAUGCGGCGGCAUCUACACAUGACACUGGCAUUGACGGAAAUGCCACCUUCACCCUUGAUUUCAGGGAAGGCAGGGAGUUUUCCGACUCGAGCAUCGCCAUGGCAGUAUACAACGACAGUGGCGAUCAAUACCGAAUCGAGGUCACACAUCAAACGAGCCAAGUUGACACUGCUUGCAUCGACUUCUUGUCACACCGGUUUCUCGAUAUCAUGACUCGUCUUCAAAGCCAGGAAGAAUAUUCAAUGGUCAUCUCCGUGCUGGAUCGACCAUCAUCCCGCGAAGCUACCCUCAUUCAGAACUCGAGCUUUGGUCCCGUGGUACCGUUGCCGUACGAGUUGUUGCACCACGGGUUCGAGGCGCGCGCGAAGGAGCACCCCGACGUUCGAGCGAUCGAGUUUGACGACCAGUGGCUGUCGUACGGCGAGCUAAAUGCGCAGGCGAACGCGCUGGCGGUGGACUUGGCUUCUCUGGGAGUGGGUGUCGGCUCGCGCGUGGCUGUGAUCAUGGAGCGGUGCUUGGAGUUCCCGAUCGGGCUGCUCGCUGUCCUCAAGGUGGGCGCCGCGAUGCUUCCGUUCGACGCGGCGUUCCCAAUCGAACGAUUGUCGUACAUGAUUCGUGAUGCGAGUGCGAGCGUUGCGAUUUCCACGACGAAUUUAACGACGCAGCUGGAGAAGUUGAAGGCGGUGACGAAGAUGGUGUUUGUGUCGUCCGAUCAGCUGGGAGCCAAGGCGGCCGACUUUGUGCCGAGUGCACAGCACCAGGCGACUCGGUGGGACGAAGCGUACGUCGUAUACACGUCGGGGUCGACAGGGAAGCCGAAAGGUGUCCCGACGCUGCACGCUGGUGCGGUGAACCUGGUGUGUUUUCCGUUCUGUGAGCCGGCGUACUGUGUGGGCAUGCGCGUGAUGGAGGUGUUGUCGAUCGGGUUCGAUUGGUGCCUGGAGGAGAUCUGGAAGACUCUGUGCAACGGCGCGACGCUGGUGCUGCGCAGCGACGACUUGGAGCGCGCGUUGCGGACUGUGGAUGUGCUGGCGAUCACGUCGACGGGGCUGUCUUUGUUGGGCGACCCGCAGCAGUUUCCGAACUUGCAGUACGUGCACGUGGGCGGCGAGGCUGUGCCUGCGUCGCUGAAGGACUUGUGGUGCUCAGCCGUCACGCUGCUCAACACGUACGGGCCGUCGGAGUGUUCCAGCACGACGCACUCGGUGCAACUGACGACAAGUAGUCAAAUCUCCAUCGGCAAGCCGACCAAGAAUAUCAACUCGUACAUUCUGGACAGUGCGAAGCGGAUGGUUCCUGUGGGCGUGGUGGGAGAAGUGUACUUGGGCGGUAUCGGUGUGUCGCCCGGCUACAUCAACUUGCCCGAGCAGACUGCGGACCACUUUUUCACGGACCCGUUCAGCACGACAGGGGGGUCCCUGAUGUUCCGAACAGGAGACCUGGGACGUUUGCUGCCGAGCGGAGAGUUUGAGAUCCUGGGUCGACUGGACAGCCAAGUGAAGCUGAAGGGGUACCGCGUCGAGCUGGACGAGGUGGCGGAGGCGAUGAUGCAGCACCCGCGGGUGGUGUCGGCCGCGGCGCUGGUGAAGGACAAGACGCACUUGGUGGGGUAUUACGCGCCGGCGGACGUGGACGCGGAAGCGCUGCAGAGGCUGGUGGCGGACCUGCUGCCGGUGUACAUGGUGCCGGCGGCGUGGGUGGCGCUGGAAGCGCUGCCGACGAACGCGAACGGGAAGAUUGACAAGACGGCCCUGGCGUGCCUGGACGUGAAGGAAGACGUGCGUGCGCUGACGAGCGAGGCCGAGGUGAAGAUGGCCGGCGUGUGGGCGAGCGUGCUGGACGUGGACGUGGGCGUGAUCGGGAAGAACACGUCGUUCUUCGCGCUGGGCGGCGACUCGAUCUCUGUGAUCCGGGUGGUGGCCGCGUGCAAGCAAGUGGGUUUGAGCAUCACGGCGGCCGCGUUCAUGAAGGGGUUGGUGUUGUCCCGCGUGGCGUCGGCGGCAGUGAGCGGUUUGUCGGCGGACGUGUCGUACCCUCGCGUGUCGCUGCCGGACGAGGUGACAGCGAUGGUGGCGGGGGAGUGGGCCGCGUCGCUGGCGCUGACGAAGUACGUGGUGUACCCGGUGACGCCGCUGCAAGGCGGUAUGAUCUACGCGACGGUGAAUGCGCGCGGCGCGUACGUGGCGCAGAUGCCGAUGCGCCUGCGGACGGGGGGCGUCGGGGCGAAGCUGAGCUCGGCGUUCCGGUCGGUGGUGCAGCAGAACGACGUGUUGCGGUCGACGUUUGUGACGACGGCGCGCGGCAUCUUUCAAGUGAUUCGUGAGGACGCGGCCGACGUGGAGGUGGCGGAGGUGCGCGUGUCGAGCCUGGACGCGUUCUUGGCACAAGACUACGCUCGCGGAUUCGCGGUGGGCGACAAGUUCUUCGUGCGCCUGGCGCUGGUGGAGGCCGAGGACGGCUCGUUCGCCGUGCUGACGAUCCACCACGCGCUGUACGACGGGUGGUCCUUGUCGAUGCUGAUGGGCGACCUGAUGGACGCGUACAGCGGCGUGGCCGUGCCGAGCCGACCGAGUUUCUGCAACGUGGUGGACUACAUCGAGGCGCAGGACGCGGGAGCGACGGAAGCGUACUGGCGGUCGUACUUGGACGGGGCGGUGCCGUCGCCGAUCGGGUCGUUGGUGGACUUGUCGCCGGAGGCGGGCGAGGCGCGGCCGCUGUCGACGGUGUGCAAGGUGUCGAUGGCGGACUUGACCAAGGCGGCGCAGCGGUGCGGUGUGACGGUGGCGGACUUGACCAAGCUGGCGUGGGCGGCGACGCUGCGCAAGUACACGCGUCAGGACGACGUGGUGUUUGGCGAGGUGUUGGCGAACCGGGACAUUGCGGUCAAGGACGCGGACAGGAUCAUGGGUCCGCUGAUCAGCACGGUGCCCUGCCGCGUCCGCUUCGACGACGCGUCGACGUUGUCGUCGCAGCUCAAGUCCUGA